CGUCUCCCCAAUUUCUUCAUUCGCUUCUUCCUAAACCCCCAAUUUUCUCUCUCCUCCGCCAUUGUUAGGGUUUUUUGAUUCCUUCAUCUUCUUCAAUGGAUGCUACCAAGAAACGCAAAGCCGACGAAAAUGGCAAUUCCUUCGUUUCAGACGCAACCCCAGAUUUACAACCACCUUCUCAAACCCAAACCCUAAUUCCCGAAGAUGCUCGCAAACUCAUCGAGCCUUUUACAUCCGACCAACUUCGCUCUCUCCUCCAAGACGCCGUUGUUCGCCACCCUGAUGUCCUCUUUGCUGCGCGCGCGCUAGCUGAUUCCGACGUUUCUCGGCGGAAGCUCUUUGUUCGAGGUCUUGGUCCGAGUACAACCACUGAAUCUCUCAAAUCGUUGUUUACAUCUUAUGGUGAACUCGAUGAAGCUGUUGUAAUUUCUGAUAAGACUACUGGGAAGUCCAAAGGGUAUGGUUUUGUGACGUUUAAGCAUGUUGAUGGUGCGCUCUUGGCUUUGCGGCAGCCGAACAAGAAGAUUGAUGGGCGUAUGACGGUGACGCAUUUGGCUUCUGCGGGCCGAGGGCCGAAUAGCGAGGAUCAAGCGACGAGGAAGAUUUAUGUGGGGAAUGUACCGUAUGAGAUUUCGGCGGAGAGGUUGCUUGAUUACUUUGCUGCGUUUGGGGAGAUUGAGGAGGGUCCUUUAGGGUUUGAUAAACCAGGUGGGAAAGCAAGGGGGUUCGCCUUUUUCGUGUAUAAGACCGAAGAAGGUGCGAGGAUGGCGCUGAUGGAGCCGAUGAAGAUGAUUGAUGGGCACCAAGUUAUGUGUAAAUUGGCUGAAGAUGGAAAGAAAGGGAAGUUAGGUGGGCCGAAUCCUGUUAUGCCUGGGGAGAUGGGUGGUGGUGGUGAUAGGAUGCCGGGUUCGAUAAAUCCACCCGUUGGCGGCCCGAUGGGAGGGUAUGGAAAUUACGGGCUCGGUCCUAAUUCAGGCCCCGGAAUGGGAGUGGGGGCAGCUCAUGGUCCUGGUGGCGGUGGUGGUUAUAAUUCUUCUGUUGGAGGGCCGUAUGGGUUGCAAUCACAGUAUCCGGGUUCUGGAGAGUAUCCGUCAUAUCGGAUGCCACCACCACCGAGCUCUAUGGGAAUGCCACCCCCUUAUCAAGAGGGUAGUGGUGGUUACGGGCUUCCUUCGUCUGGUGGCGGUGGGUAUAUGAGCCAGAACCACCCUCCUUCACAGGGUCCUCCUCAAGGCCCCCCUCCUGGUGGGAUGUAUCAGAGAAUGCCACCCUCUUAUUAUUGAGGUGUUUGAGAGCUCCUUGGGCGCAAAUUGCUUAAAUGGUUUUGGUGAUUUCGUGAUUGCUGACAAAUGAAUGUGUCGUUUGCUUGAUUGGACUGCUGCCCAUGUCUUGCUGCUACAUGUGUAGAUUUUUAGCUGCAAAAGUGGUAGUUAUUUGUGGCUAUGUUCUGCAAGAUAGACUGUUACUCCUUUUUAUUUAAGUUCUUUAGAAGGCACUUAUUUUUUUUUCAAGGUUUUAUAGGAUGUAGGUCUAUAUGGAUUUGGCUUGCCAUAUGUGCUUUGUAUUCUCUAUUGGUUAUCUUAAGCAGAGUCAUAUGCUACUAUUUUCAAUAUGUAAUCUUUUACUUCAUAUUCCAGUUAGGUUUGGUUUGGUAGUGAUUUGAUCCUGCUACUGGGUUUAUACUAUUUGUGUCGAUAUUGUACUUUCUUUUCUUCUCAUUUGUCAACUAGCUGUCUUAUGUUUUAUUGUAUAUAUGAUAUACCCUCUUGGAGAUUGACAAUCUUUGUUGAUAGUUGAUGAUUCUUUGUGCGAAGGUUUUUUUUUUUUUUCCUUUCUUUUUUCUUCUCACGGUUUUCCAUGAUUUUAUUACCCAUGUUUCUGAAAGGGGAGAAGGUGGGGGGUUUGGGAGGUUGCUGUCAGUUUUAGAUAAAAUUUUUGUUUCCUGCUCUUUUAAGAAUAUCAUAAGCUUCUUUUUACAUAUUUCUGUAUGCUUUUUAUAAGGAAACUUUUUGGAAAACUACCGUAUAGAACCGGUCUUUGUGAGAACUACCUUGUAUAAUAAAUGAUGUGAUAAACUACCUACUUAAGCAUAGAGUGUUGUAAAAAGAUACCUUUUGCCGGAAUUUGGGAGUUUGAUUGUUUUCGGCGUGCUAAAAAGCAAAACCUUUUGAAGCCUAUAACUCAUCUAUAACAAAUGAGUAAUAUUUCUUUAAAGGGUUUGCAAACCAUUUAAUUUGAAGCAAAACCCACUGUCCAUUUCGGGUGGUGAAGUAUUAUAUAAACUUUUUUAUUUUCUUAAUGGUCUGGUCUUCUUAAAAAACAAGGGAGAGAAAUUUGGAUUUGAGGGAUGAUAAAAACAUGAGGCAUGAGGGCUUUGAGAAGAGAGAUGAAGAAAUUUGAGGAAGAUGGUAAAUUUUGGGUGAAAUGGAGGGUAUAAGGAAGAAAAUAUAGGCAAAAAA